GGGUGAGGGGGGAAGGACCGAGAUGCUGAGGUCCUGCGUAUGGGUUGACUGUCAUGAUGAGGCUUUGCUGUGUGUGGUGGACUCCUGUCACUCUUUCUGGAACCCUUUGGCAAGGGCGAUCUUUCCCUGGAUUCAGGUCGUAGCUCAGUGGAAGAGUGCUUGCCUGCAUGGCUGAGGCCCUGGGUUUCAUCCCUAGCAUUGCAAACAACAACAACAACAAAAAAAAAAACCCACCAGGUAUCCGUAUGCAUUUUGGACUGAGGAUGCACCCAGGAGACAUUUUCCUUAACUGGACUCCUCAUCAUCACUAAGCAAAUUAAGCCAAUAAGGCAUCUUAGGGUCUAGAAGACCCUGGACAGCCUGACAUUGAAGCAGCUCUGCACACAGGAAGAGCCCAGUGGGAGCUGUGGAAGGAUUGCUGCAGGGAUGUGGAUUCAUCCUGAAAAUGCAACAGGAAGCAGGCUCCAUAAAGGCUCGGCUGUGUUGGCGGCCACAGUUCUGCCCUAGGUCUGAGGGCAAGGAAGGAGGUGUGGGGCGGUCCAUCUGUGUGUCCUGGGGGGGAGGGGGAGGAAGAAGAAGGGGUAGGAAGGGUUCCAGAACCUGAGAGCACAAUCCUGAGUGAUCUCACUGCUCAGGAUUCUGGAACUUGGGCUGCCUGAUGGUCCCUAUAUGAAAGAUGUAGUAGGGAAAAGGAGCGACAGCUGGCUAAAGGGGCCCCCCCAGAACCCUCCCCAGCACCCCAGGAGAGCAGCCUCUCUCCCCUGGUCCCACGGUGCCAUGGAGAUGGAGAACACGGCGGCCUCCACCCGGUCCCACCAGCCCCACAUGGAGAGGAAGAUGAGCGCGAUGACCUGUGAGAUCUUCAACGAGCUCCGACUUGAGGGCAAGCUCUGCGAUGUGGUCAUCACAGUCAACGGCUUCGAGUUCAAUGCCCACAAGAACAUCCUCUGUAGCUGCAGCUCCUACUUUAGAGCUUUGUUUACAAGUGGCUGGAACAACACUGAGAAGAAGGUUUACAACAUUCCUGGCAUUUCCCCCGACAUGAUGAAACUAAUUAUUGAGUAUGCGUACACUCGGACCGUGCCAAUCACCCCUGACAACGUGGAGAAGCUGCUGGCUGCUGCCGACCAAUUUAACAUCAUGGGGAUUGUCAGGGGCUGCUGUGAGUUCCUCAAGUCGGAGCUGUGUCUGGAUAACUGCAUCGGCAUCUGCAAGUUCACGGACUACUACUACUGCCCUGAGCUGAGGCAGAAGGCCUACAUGUUCAUCCUGCACAACUUCGAGGAGAUGGUGAAGGUCUCAGCGGAGUUUCUGGAGCUCUCCGUCACUGAGCUGAAGGAUAUCAUCGAGAAAGAUGAACUCAACGUGAAGCAGGAGGACGCUGUGUUUGAGGCCAUUUUAAAGUGGAUUUCUCACGACCCCCAAAAUAGGAAGCAACAUAUUUCAGUUUUGCUUCCUAAGGUUCGCCUGGCCCUAAUGCAUGCUGAGUACUUCAUGAAUAAUGUUAAGAUGAAUGACUACGUCAAAGACAGUGAGGAAUGUAAGCCAGUCAUCAUUAAUGCCCUAAAGGCCAUGUAUGACCUGAACAUGAACGGACCCUCCAAUUCUGACUUCACCAACCCACUCACCAGGCCCCGCCUGCCCUAUGCCAUUCUAUUUGCUAUUGGUGGCUGGAGUGGCGGAAGCCCCACCAAUGCCAUUGAGGCAUACGAUGCUCGAGCAGACAGAUGGGUGAAUGUCACUUGUGAAGAAGAAAGUCCUCGAGCUUACCAUGGGGCAGCCUACUUGAAAGGCUAUGUUUAUAUCAUCGGGGGGUUUGAUAGUGUGGACUACUUCAAUAGUGUUAAGCGUUUUGACCCUGUGAAGAAAACUUGGCACCAAGUGGCCCCUAUGCACUCUAGACGUUGCUAUGUCAGCGUGACAGUCCUCAGCAAUUUCAUCUAUGCCAUGGGAGGGUUUGAUGGUUAUGUGCGUCUCAACACUGCUGAACGAUACGAGCCAGAGACCAAUCAAUGGACACUCAUCGCCCCCAUGCAUGAGCAGCGGAGUGAUGCAAGCGCCACAACACUCUACGGGAAGGUCUACAUAUGUGGUGGGUUUAAUGGAAACGAGUGCCUGUUUACAGCAGAAGUGUACAACACGGAGAGCAAUCAGUGGACAGUCAUAGCACCCAUGAGGAGCAGGAGGAGUGGAAUAGGUGUAAUUGCUUAUGGGGAACAUGUAUACGCAGUAGGUGGCUUUGAUGGAGCUAAUCGACUGAGGAGCGCAGAAGCCUACAGUCCAGUGGCUAACACUUGGCGCACGAUCCCCACUAUGUUUAAUCCUCGUAGCAAUUUUGGUAUCGAGGUAGUGGACGACCUCUUGUUUGUGGUGGGUGGCUUUAAUGGCUUUACCACCACCUUUAAUGUUGAGUGCUAUGAUGAAAAGACCGAUGAGUGGUAUGACGCUCAUGACAUGAGCAUCUACCGCAGUGCUCUGAGCUGCUGCGUGGUACCAGGGCUAGCCAAUGUUGGGGAGUAUGCAGCUAGACGGGACAACUUCACAGGAUUAGCACUGCGAGAUGAAGUAAAGUAUUCCGCUUCGACAAGUACCCUACCUGUAUGAGCCUCUUCAUUUAGCUAAUAAAAAGUCUAAGCAAUAAGAAUUAAUUCUUUUUUUAAAUAAAUGCAGUGUUUAAACUUGUAAGAGUACUGGAAAAUGUUCAACUUAAGGGAAGCAUGGGUUGGAUAAAUGAGGGAGUAAGGAAGAAGGUGAUUAUUUUCAACAGUGCAUAAUUAAGGAAAGAAACACACAGUACAAAACCAGCUCUAGAGAAAUACGUUUAUUGAAAACUUACAUUUAGACAAUUAGUAACUUGAACACGAGCAAGAUAGUUUCAGGAACAUAAACAUAAUAUCUCAGAGUGUUCUAAAUACUACAUCUCCUCUAACAUGAAGGGAGAUAAUAUUGUAUCUUGCACAGGGGCCUGGGUGCCACUAACCCCCCCCCAAAAAAGGCUUAUAAACCAAAUACUUAUUUCACAAAUAACACAACUAACCUCAGCCCAUGGAUGUUAAAAUCUUCAAACACCUAGCAAGUACUGUGUUUCACAGGUGCAGGGAGCAGGAGGGGUAACUGAUUAACAAGUGCUUCAAGGUACCACACUCCUUAGCAAGGGUCACAGAGCAAGCCAAAAGCUCUGUGAGGGUUACAGUGAGCAGUAAUUUGGCUAAGUAAAGUCCUUGCAGCAAAUGACUAUUUUUGUAAAGUUACUGCCAUUGUAUUACAACUCUCAGUAAUUGUUUGGUUUUCCAUGACCAGAACAUAUGCUGUAAGUAUAACAAAAUGGACUUUCCUCAAGAAAAUAACAAAUGGAGUGAUGAGCUGUGCUAAAAUGUUUGAUGGCUAAGAACAGACUGAAUUGUUGCUCAAAUAUUCUAGGCUUGAAGCACCGUAUUUCUCUAGUGUAGGAAGAAUAUUUGUUUCACAACACCAUAUAUGUUCAAAGACAUGAAAUGUGACUAACAUGCUCUUUGCACGUAAGCUUAGUUCGGAAGGUACCAGAAAGAGGUCCUAUAUACUCUUUAUUAGACCGAGUAGCUAAAAUAUGUAACACAGCUGCAGUCUACUUAUAGUGUUGACACUGGAAUCAGGAAGCAGAAAAGGAAUAUUUCAAACACACCACAUGCUAAAGUCAGAGGGGGAAAAGUGUGCACAAGAACUUGCCUAGCAGCUAUGACAGGACUGGAACACAAAAGUGCUCUCUGGCUUUUCAGACUGAGGGUCUGUAUUUUAAAAGCUCAGCAGUUUAAAGAAUUUUUGGUCUCAGAUAUACUACACACAACCUGGUAACCAAAACAUAACUGAUGUCAGUUAAUCUUAAGUGUUCUUACCAAAAAUGUUAAUUUGAACUGGCACAGAGGAGCAAAGCUCUCGGGAUACACAGACUAAUCAUGCAAGUGAUGCUCGCUUAAACCCUAAGCUCACGACUGACAUUCUCAGUCUAAAGGUAGGUAGGAAGGCCCAUUAGGAUGUGGAAGUAGCCUUACUCAGAGUAAUGGACAGUUGUUACUUUUCAGUAUAAUUGAGUCCUCUCUUCCCAACAAAGAAAAAUAAAAGCACUAAAAUAAAGGUUCACUUGAAUACAUUUAAGCUUUUUAAAAGCUAUAUUUUUUAACUGUAUUCAUAAAAGAAAUUUCAUUUACAAAGAGCCACAUUAGACCUGCACAAUUAUCAUUAUAAAUACUGUUAUGUCCAGUUUAAAAUUUCAGAAUGUCAGUCUUGAACAGAUUUAAGCAAAUCUGGUUUCUUUCCUUUCUAACAAGUUAGUCAGAGUAUUUAGGAGACACAAGUUAUGGUGGUGAAGCCACACACGUGAAUUCACAUAUGAAAAUUAGAAACUUGGUAGUCAGGAAAACCUGCACACCAUCAUGCAAGGAAGGACUUACCCCUUCAUUCAGCCAGGGCCUAGGCUGCCUGCUGAGUCAAAAAGACAGUGGUUUCAACCAAGUUUUUAAAACCAGAUUAUACCUAAAUCUUAGGAGUUAUAUUGUCUGCCAAAAGACGGGGGUGGGUGGGUGGGUGGGUGGGUGGGGGGAGACAAAAAGAUGGCCCUAUUAACAACUUUGUGGCGACAGUCCCAAAAUACAAUUCUGGGACCAAAAAGCCAAAAUCAAAAUACAUGACAUUCUCCUGGAGAAAGCUGGCUUCCUGAAGAAAUACUAAAUGACUUGCUUGAACAGUCAGAAACAAAGGCAAGCUUCCUUCAAUAAGCGUCAAGGCUAUUAGCUGCACAGACUUCUUACAACUAAGAAGUGCUUCUCAGAAUCCAAAGGCUUUUGUUAUUAAGGUAACUAGAGAGGGCUGGGAAGCAACCCAGUUGGUAGAGUGUUUCCCUAGCAUGUGCAAGGCCCUGCGUUCAGCUCCCAGCACUUUAAAACCAACCAAUCGAAAGAAACUCAAAGGAUGGAAAUUGAGAAAAAGUGAAGGGAAAGGGGGAGGAUAAUAAUAGAUUCUUUAUGUGGAAAGGACUUGUGGUUCCCAGACUCACUCUAGUCUACGUUAAAUGGUUUUAAAGCAGAUUUCCAACAUCGUUAUUAACCCAUGUCCUGGGCAAGAACACUAAUUUAGAAACUUCAAGAAAAUUAUCAGUACAGAAUCCAAGAGCAUUAAGUGUUAUAGCAAAUAGCCUAAAUUUCUGGUUGUGCUUCUGAUAUUUUAUCACACAAUAAAAAUAAAAAGUUAACUCUGAUGCAACGGGGGAAGCAGAGAUCACUGUUCUUGGACUUUUCUGGAAUGAUACUCCAGAAUGUGUGAGAAAGCAAAGACAUUCUUAAAGAAAUGGAAGAAAAUAUCGGAUUUACAGUACAAGCCAUCAGGAGUCUUAUUUUAUACUAUUUACGUACUGUUGCUAUUAGUGACUCUUUUGUUGUUGGCUGGUUUGAGGUAGGGUCUCACUAUGUGCCCUAACUAGACUGGUCUCCUGCCUUUGCAUCUCAAGUGCUCAGAUUACAGGUGAGCACUGCCAUACCCAACUUCAACAAGAGCCUUUUUGAAAUUUUUCUUUUUUUUUGGAGCUGAGGAUCGAACCCAGGGCCUUGCACUUGCUAGGCAAGCACUCUACCACUGAGCUAAACCCCCAACCCCGAAAUUUUUCUUUUUAAUUAGGUGUUUGUCUCUGCAUGAAUGCAGGGCACGGGGCCAGAGGCAUCAGAUCCCCUGGAGGUGGAGCUAUAGAGGCUUGUGAGGUGCCUGAAGUGGGUGCUGGGAACCAAACUCACUGGAAGAACAGCAAGUGUUCUUAACUGCUGACCCAUCUCUCCAGCCCCCUGAACAGGAGUUUAUGUUAACUGAGUGUUGAAAGAUUUAGCCUGAAUUAACUUUCAUAAAGCUCAGGAGUAUGUAGAAAGUCAGAAAAAUGGGUAUUCCUUGAUGUAACUUCCUUGAGGUCAAAGUCCAUAAGAGGAUGGGACUUUUCAGUGAUGCCAAUUUUUGAGAAUUAUCCGCACUCCCAAUUGCUCUAUAUAUUGCUUGUGUGUAUGACUAUCCAGAAGUAGUGACUGCACAGGUCUGAUGAAGUCCUUACAACGUCAAGAAGGGGAAAUGGGGCUGGAGAGAUGGCUCAGCGGUUAAGAGCACUGGCUGCUCUUCCAGAGGUCCUGAGUUCAAUUCCCAGCAACCACAUGGUGGCUCACAACCAUCUGUAAUGAGAUCUGGUGCCCUCUUCUGGUAUGCAGGGAUACAUGCAAGCAGAGCACUGUAUACAUAAUAAAUAAAUAAGUCUUUUUAAAAAAAAAAGGGGGAAAUGCCUCUAUUCUGCCAGAGAGCAGUGCUGAUCCAAAUAUUUACGCUCAAGGCAACUGUGUUCUCUAAGCUUGUAAAACCCUUGAACAUGAAGUGAAUACUGAAGCAUGACAAAAAGUAGCUUUACACUGGCUGUCAGUGAAAAUGACAGCUGAACUUUUACUAAAGAAUGCUUAUGGCCGGGCGGUGGUGGCACACGCCUUUAAUCCCAGCACUCGGGAGGCAGAGGCAGGCGGAUCUCUGUGAGUUCGAGGCCAGCCUGGUCUACAAAGUGAGAUCCAGGAAAGGCACAAAGCUACACAGAGAAACCCUGUCUCGAAAAACCAAAAAAAAAAAAGAA